CCCAACGAAAACUUAACCGUAACCCUAACAUCCGGCAGAAAGGAACAAAAACCUGGGGAUGCUGCGGGCUACGCUGCAUAAACCAGCACGUCUUUCUUUAUAUAAACUGCAUACCUCGGUGAAAGGGACCGCUGGAGAGGGAUGUAAACAUUCACAUUGAAGCCUUUUUGUGACUAAUUGAUCAUUGAUCUGCUACUUCUCUACACAGUAGCACAUACAUGACACACUGUACAUAGAGGCAAAUUUCUUUGUGUUUCUUAUAGUAACCCUUCUGACGGGUAGUGACGGCAUUCGUCUCCAUUCCUCUCAUACACUCGAGUCGGCAUUGGCUUUGCCGCUUUUGGAUCCUAGCUUUUUUUGCCUCUUGUGAAUUAACUUCGAAUCUGGAUCUCCGCCCUUGUAUCUAGACGUCUUCCGUCCUCAAUUCACACAUAUCGGUUGCCGCUUGUACAGAUAUUACUUGUUAUCAUGGCGUCUUCUAGAACUGCAGCUCAAUUGAUGCUGCCAUUGCGGUCUGCCUCUAGGAGCCUUGUAUCUCGACCGACGCAUCUUUCUACGGUUAGGCCUUGCUUGGCCGUUGUGAGCAGUCCGACUAGUCGUGGCCCGUCGCAAUGUGCACAUCCAGUGCGACACAGUUCUCAUUCGCCGAUGGGGGCUACGUCGACAAAUCCCAGGAAGAAGGUGACCUUGCAGACAUUACGGAAUCUACACAAGAAGGGCGAGCCGAUUACCAUGCUUACUGCCCAUGACUUUCCAAGUGGAUAUGUUGCGGAGGCUGCUGGGAUGGAGAUGAUUCUGGUUGGGGACAGUUUGGCUAUGGUGGCCCUGGGUAUGGAGGAUACGAGUGAGGUGGUUAUGGAAGAGAUGCUGCUGCAUUGCAGGAGCGUGGCGCGGGCUGCCAAGAGUGCUUUCACGAUUGCUGAUCUUCCCAUGGGUUCCUAUGAGGUGUCGCCAGAGCAGGGUCUUCAAUCGGCGAUUCGGAUCAUAAAGGAGGGGCGCAUGCAGGGCAUUAAGCUUGAAGGGGGCGAGGAGAUGGCACCGACGAUCAAACGCAUUACGCAGGCUGGAAUCCCUGUCGUCGGUCACAUUGGCCUCACCCCUCAACGCCAAAAUGCACUUGGAGGAUUCAGAGUUCAAGGAAAAUCUACCGCCGGAGCGCUCAAACUUUUGAAAGAUGCCAUGGCUGUGCAGGAAGCCGGUGCGUUCAUGAUGGUUCUAGAGGCAGUGCCUGCUGAAAUUGCUGCAAUCAUUACGAAGAAACUUCGCGUUCCAACAAUUGGCAUCGGCGCCGGCAAUGGCUGCUCCGGACAAGUUCUUGUGCAGAUCGACAUGACCGGCAAUUUCCCUCCCGGCCGAUUCCUCCCAAAGUUUGUCAAAAAGUACGCCGACGUUUGGGGUGAAGCAGUUAAAGGUAUCCAGCAAUAUCGUGAGGAAGUGAAAUCCCGGGCGUACCCUUCGGAAGAGUACACUUAUCCAAUUCCUAAGGAGGAGCUGGCGGAGUUUGAAAAAACGGUUGACAAGCUGGAUCAGUGAACCAUGAUCCCAUCUUCCUUUCCGUGUACUUUUGGAUUAUAUUCUUGCAUUUGUUCCUCAUGUUGAAGCAUCCUAGCUUGCAUUUCUCAUGUCCGGCAUGGUUUUUGUGAUACCUCAUCAAUAUUGUCAUGAUUGUUUGGCUGUGGGAGAACCCAGCUGGCUGUUCUCUCUCAAUCUUUGAAAAGCCUCAAUACCAGUCAGCUUUCUUUUGCACCUUCUUUGUUCGUUGGAUUGGAUAUAUCUGUAAUCCAAUGUGUUGGCAAGGGCCAUUAUAACUCGUCACCCAAACGCAGGCGUCAUGGAGUAUGAGACAAUCAAUUGAUCAUCAACCUUAAAGCACUAUACAAACCAAGUUAGUUCAAUGGCAAAAGUCAUCAAAGGUCGAUCAAAAUAAGGAACAUCGUAUCCUUACUCUCCAUAAGCCUCCAACACCCUCGUCCAGCCCCGGCGCAAAGACGCUAUUUACAUAACAGAAGACAGAGUCCGUCUCUUUGCAGUCUAACUUCUUUCUGAGGAACUUGACUACAGUCUCAAACUUCUGGGAGGCACUGAUUUUGAAAACUUUGUUUUUCAGUAUGGGCGCAGAAGCCAGAGGUUGGAAGCGGACUGUAACUGUUAA